GCGGAAGUCAGGUGUCUGUGAUAUGGUCGCCUGUGGUUUCAGGCUCACAGACGAGUCAGGCGGCGCCAACACUUGUCAGCGAGCUAACGUCUCCUUGUUCGGCCAGGUCGGAGCGGAGCCUCGCUCCAUGCUGGGUUGUGUAACUUAGUGUAAUGGAGAUGGAUGACAAGCUGGAGAACUUCAUCAGGGAGCGGAAGGCAAGAGUGGCCGAGGAUAAAGCCAGUCUACAACAAGACCCUCCUUACAUGGAAAUAAAGGCAAAACCCCACAGAGCCUAUGAGUCAACUGUUAAGGAGAACAUCCCCCCCAAGUCUGUUGCACAGAGAAAAGAGGAGAGUUUGGGUCUGCCGCUCGGUGUGGAAUACGAGAGGAAGAAGCAGAGGCUGCAGCAUGAGCUGCGUAUGGACUACAGGCAAUACAUGGCUCAGAAAAAACACUUUGACCGUGCAGAGCCUGGUCCACUUAAUCCCCUCAACAACAGGGCGUGUGUCAAGCAACACCUUGAAGACCGCGUUCCCAUACUGCCGGCCUCAUCUCGGAGGGAUGCAGCCACUCUAACAGAGGACAAUAGGGGGCUUCACAGGGCUCUGCACCUCGCUGAGGCUAAGACCCUCUGUCCUGAGGACGAAGAGCAGCAGUCGCCACUGGCUUUUAGGCAUCACGGCAGGCUGGGGAGGCCAGUGGAGCUGGAAUCAGAGGAAGAUGAGUAUUUAAAGGAGGAGCUGAUGGAAGGCAGAAGACAAAGAUAUACAGGGACUGAGGCCAGUUAUGAGAAGAGACAAACCAAUAAGACUGAUGGCAGGGAGAAGAAGGAGAAUCCAUUCAACUUUGCCAGAGAGGGCAGGAGAUCAAAAACACAGGAUGCUGAGUUUGCUACUGGUCUUUUAAUAGGAGCAGCAGAUACAGAUGAGGCUUUGCAGAGAAGGAAAGAACGUUACAGACAGGAGCUGCAGGAGCAGAUCGCUGAACAACACAGGAACAAGAAAAGGGAGAAAGAUUUGGAGCUGAAAGUUGCUGCGACGGGAAUGAAUGAUCCUGAGAAAAAGCCGGACCGAAUCAGGCAGUUUGGACUGAGCAGGAGAAAAUAUCUUCAGGUUUCAGAGCCUUCAGCAACAGGACAGAGUGAAUCAUUGUUGAGAGGUUUACACAAUAAUGAGAAGAUUGGUGUUCGAGAAAGAGAAACAUCUCCUCCUGAGCAGCCUCAUGUGGCCUUCCAGUCCCCUCUGCUCGAGUACAGCUCUGCCCUGGGUCUGGGAGGUGGAGGUCUGUCUCCCAGCAGUCAGCCUGCUGCCCCCUCCUUCCCCAGAGCCAUGGACACUCCAAGAAUGCCUCUGUUCGCUCCACAUCCUCCCUCAACACUCACUGAAACCUACAGGAGCCUGUAUGCUGAGCCCCACUGCUAUGGCAACAGAAACCUGCUUGACCCAAACAUGGCCUACUAUGGUCAUUUGUCUGUUCCUGGCGCUGGCCUUCCAAUCUCCUACUGGAACAUACCACCAGGGGGUGCUGUACCCAGUCAGCUUGGUAACCACAGUCCUCAUAACCAACACAGUGGCAGCAGCGUCCCUGAACCACCAUUACAGCCCGGCAUUGAAACUGCUACAGUGGACUCACACGUCAGUGUUUUCCCUUCAGAGAGUUCCAAGUCAAACAGAAAGAGGAUCUUAAACUACAGAGACGCUCUCAAAGAACAGAUCCAGGAGCAGCAGGAAAGGAGACGUCUGGAGAGGGAGGAGAAAGAGCGACAUGAGUCACAGCUGGAGGCCUACAUGAAGAACCACCAGCCAUGGGGUCGAGGUGGAGGAGGAGCCCCUCUCAGAGACAGCACAGGAAAUCUAAUUGCUGACCUCCACCAGAUGCACAAGGUGAAUGAGGAGGUGUACACCAACCCGGAGCAAUGGCAGAGGAAAGCCACUGCUGCCGUGAUGGCACGACAGACAGAGCAACCUGACCCCAACGAGAGAGUCUCUGGUUUCACACACGUCCAUACCCCCCAGUUUGCCAGAGGCAAUGUGUUCGCCAACCAGCCCACCCAGCACCAGCUCCAUGAGCAGGACAAGUACAAAGCUUACCUCAAACAGCAGAUUGAGGAGAAAAUGCUUAAAAAGGCAGAGGAGAGGGAGAAGACCAGACUGGAGGAGGAGAAGGAGGAGAAGAGGCUGGCAGAGCAGAGAGCUCGCAUCCAGAGGGAGUACGAGGAAGAAGAAGAGAAGAAAAAACGAAAGGAAAAGGAGCAAAAGGCCAAGAACGAAGAGCUGAUUCAGCUGGCUGAACAGAGGAAGAAGGAAGCUGAGAGGAGGAAGAAGGAAGCAGAGGAGAAGGAGAAUGCAGCACUAAGAAAGCAGAAUGAGGUGGAGAGACAGACCCGGGUGGAGCAGGUAUUCAGGGAGCCUUCGCCUCCAAUCCCAACCCUGCAGAAGAAACAUGCGUCACACCGUUACACCCCCAGACCCCCUACUGUGGACAGCCAACGCUCCACUGCUCCCCUGUCUGAGCGUUCUUCGUCUGGUCUCCAGUCACCUCCUGUCCCUGCUUGUAAAAACAAGCUUCGAGCUACAGGUGACCAGCGUGACGUGUUCAGCGAGCUGUCAGCUUUGCGUCGGCAGCUUCGCUGUGAACAGAGGCGGUUGGAGGGUCAUCUGCAGCAGGACGACUGGGAGGAGUUAGACUCUCCACUGAGUGACAGACAUCAGGAGCGCCCCCUGGUAGAUGUGUUCGAUAUGGCCAGGCUGCGGCUCCAAGCUCCAGUCCGAAGACCCAACUCCAGAAACAUGGAGCCGGGAAACCUGCUGCGGAUCCACGACUCCCUUCAGCUCAAAUACACAGACAGGAAGUCGAGGCUUGGUUCCGGUGAUGUUCCACUGGAGGAAGUGGGUGUGAGCAGCAGGAGAAGAUACGACCACAGGGAUCCAGCUCAGCAGUUUAGCAGCCAGAGGACGACAGCCCAGGACGAUUAUUUUGACCUGUCCCCUCCACAUCAAAAUGAUUAUCUGAGGAGUGUGAUGGGGCGAUCUAGAAGAGGUUCUCUGCUGGAGUCGGACAGAGUGUUCAUUGAGCCCCUUGGUGAUGCCCUUCCAGUUCCCCGGUACCCAGACUUCCAGAGAACCUCCCAUCUAUCGGCCAGGGAGAGGAGGAGGCUGGCCAAACAGUCACAGCAUCCUCAGGAACGAGCUGCUUCCAGCCAGUGUAUUGGCCAAUAUGACGACUACUCCACUCACACAGGUAUAAGGCUGCGACAGGAGGUGGAGCACAGCGGGAGUCCAAACAGUAAAGGACAUUUGACAUCUCUCCGUCGUCGUGGUAACACAGCCGGACCAGUGGGUCUGUCUGAUGAUGACUCCUCCCCUCCUCCAUUCUCUCGCAAUCUUAACCAUCAGUGCUCCAUAGAAACUGUCGCCACAGAUCCCUGGAUGCGACCAGGGACAUCGGACACUCUGAAAUGUUUGGACCGUCCAUCGAGGAGGGAGCGGUUGGCAACAUAGGUCUUUGUUUCUCAAACCUCUGAGGUUCCUUGUACUUUGGAAGGUCUGUAGUGACAGUGACUCCACUGUCUUUAAAGUGUUAGAUGCUUUUACCUCAUGGAUUAUAUGACGGAUGGAUGUGUCAGUUUAAAUCUCUGCAAAAUGUACUUUUUAAAAAAUGAUUGUUUACAUCAGUGAGAACAUACAUGUUUAUAUGGGCAACUGUUUGGCUAAUGACUGAAUUGUUGAAUAAAU